AUGUCGCCUCGAUUAAUCCACCUCUCCUCGCCAUUCCUCCGCACCACCCCUGUGCAAACAUUCCGCAUCACCCUCACAAGACACUCCUACAGUACCAGUUCCGACAAUGACGUGAUCAAAACCCAGCAAGUCCCAGCUCCUGGCUCCGGAAACAUCCGUGUUCUGCUAUUGAACAGACCCAAUGCUCGAAACGCGCUCUCGAAAAGUCUGCUGGACAGUUUGGCAAAGCAGGUGCAGUCGAUAUCGGCCGAAGGGGGCACGGGUCCGACAAGGGCACUGGUUCUUGCCAGUAGCACGGAUACGGCGUUUUGUGCGGGCGCGGACUUGAAGGAACGUGCUGGGAUGAGCAAGGACGAAGUAAAGGAAUUCCUCGCCAAACUCCGAGGCACAUUCCGCGACAUUUCUGCCCUCCCGAUUCCCACCAUCUCCUCAAUUUCCUCCAUUGCUUUGGGUGGCGGUCUCGAACUCGGUCUCACCACCCACUUCCGCGUCUUCGGCUCCUCGACCAUCGUCGGUCUUCCGGAAACCCGUCUAGCCAUCAUUCCCGGUGCAGGAGGUACCUACCGCCUACCCGCGCUCAUCGGAGUGAACCGCGCACGGGACAUGAUCCUCACAGGCCGUCGCGUGUCGGGCCCCGAAUCCUACUUCAUCGGACUGUGCGAUCGUCUGGUCGAGGUGUUGCCGGAAGAAGAGCAAAAGGAAGGCGUGGCGCGGGAGAAGGUGUUGAAGGAGAGUAUCAAGCUGGCCAUGGAUAUCUGUGAGGGUGGUCCUGUGGCUAUCAAGGAAGCAUUGAGUGCUGUGCAGGGGUAUCAGCGCGGGGAAGCAGCGGAGAAUGAGGCUUAUGAUGGGGUGAUGGAGACAGAGGAUCGGAUCGAGGCUCUUCGGGCGUUCAUCGAGAAAAGAAAGCCUGCGUUCCGGGGUCGGUGA